AUGCUCCCCUCUACCAUCUCGCUCCUCCUUCUCCUCGCUUGCCUCUUGCAACUCGUUCUCGCUGUUCCAGUUGACAUUGACAUCGAGAAACGCGUCACCCAUGUCGGCAGGGGUACCUGGUAUCACCCAAGCGACGAUCAAGGCAACUGCGGUUAUUGGGAUAAGGACUCCUCCCCCGUUGUAGCGAUCUCAUUACAACGGUAUAAUGAAAAUAAUGGUGCCAAUUGCAACCAGUGGAUCGAAAUCACGAACCAGGCAAAUGGCAAGGUUGCGUACGGCAAGACCCGCGACAGCUGCGUCUCCUGCGAUACUUCCUCGUUAGACAUGUCGCCAUCCCUCUUCGAAAAACUGGCAAGCCUCUCAACGGGUGAAAUUAAGAUAUCAUGGCAUUUCAUGAACCCCUCCUGGAGCCCAUAG